CAGCCUAUGCAGCAUUUCUACAUCUGCAUCGUCGCCAUGCGCAGCACCCAUUCACAUCAACGCUCAAAAGACAAAAAGCUCAUGCACGUCUCGACAACAGAUGACUAUGCGGCAUCGACACCGUCUCUCAGAGAGCCUCAGCCCUCCUCUAGCGUGCCCACUGCUCAAGGACGUAAUGCAGCACUUCUUCUGCCUUCACAUCCCGCAGGACCCGCACAGGCCGCCCGCCAGGGUGGCGAAAGAUGCGCCCUCGGCUGGGGCCCGUGGUGAUGAUGGCUGUUUCAAUCAGAUCCGACGUGAAGAGCUCGGGCUUGGCGAGGUAAGCGGCCGCCAGCACGUCCCACAGACACUGCUUGUCGCGCUCAAUGUUCAUCUCGUAGCCGGCCGCGGCGACCUGGGAGAGGCGGUGCUGUGACUGUGCACGUAAGCUACCGAUGAAGCCACGCGUGACAGGCACCUUGAAACACAACGAAAGGAGCCGAACAGAAAUAUCAUUCUUGUGUGUCCCUCCAUCUCUUCUCUCUUCUCUCUUCCUGUCUGUACCUUUUCACACACAUCGAGAGGGCAGAGGACGAUCGGGAUGUCAGUCUGCCACACGGUUUGCACUGCAGAGGGGUCCCAAUAGGCGUUCCACCUGAACAGAGGGAUUUGCAGCGAUGAAUUCUCUGGCGUGUCACCGGUAGUGACUGUCAUCACUCGGCAGAGCCGUCAUGAGAAGGUUCCAUCUCGGGGCUGACGUUGCCUGGCACAUCCAGGGAGCCUCCCAUCCACACCUGAGGAAAAGGAAAUGGAUAGGAGACCGUAGCCCAGCCACGCAGUUUGGUUAGGCGCGUACCAUCUCUUCGAUGCGGCCGGCCAGAUCUGGUCUGCGGUCGACCAAUGCAGCCACAUUGGACAACGGUCCAGUCACCAGCAGGGUCAGCGGAGCCUCAGCCUGCCCCAGCAGCUGCUCCAUCAACCCGACGCCCGAUGGGACUGCAGCGGAGGCAGGCUCCAUCAUAUCAGCGCCGCCAAUGAGGUCGUCGAAGGCGUAUGAGUUCUGCCGCCAAGCCGCAGGGAACGGAUUGUGUCCCUUGGCCUCGCUCGCAGCCACCGGCACAUGCUCCCUCCCGAACAGGGCGAGAAUCUUGCGCGUGGCGCGAGUGGCCGGCUCAAUGUAACAAUCCGCAGGCGUGACGACGAAGCCGACGGGGUCGAUGUGCGGCAUGGUGAGAAGGAGUGCGGUGGCCAUGUAGUCGUCCGGUGUCCCGCCAUCGUGGUCCAUCAACACCUGCCUCUUUCGAACCAUCUACACACAACAGAGGCCAACAUGCGAGAGCGUCUGCGUUAUGUGCGUGCAUGUGCGCACCCGGGAACGCCGAAGAUCAGAUCUCCGCCGAAGAUCUUCC